AAACGAUUUUUAAAUAGUUAUAACAUAAAAGUAUUAAAGUUUAACAAAUUAUCUUUAUUAAAUUAUUUUGCACAAGUUUCAACAAACAAUUUCGCUGCUCGUUGCUAUAGAACAGCAGCUGUAAAAAACACAGGUUAUUUUGGAUGUGAAAAUGAACAUGCACACAAUGUUUUGAAGGAAUCUUUAAAACCGUACCAAAUUUUCCGGCUCAAUGUUGAAGCAAAUAGUAUAAAAUCAGAAAAGGACUUCAGUGACCCGGCUACGCUGGCAAUUGAUCCAAAAGCAGCGGAAAGUGACAUUUUCGAGCACUUUUGCUUAGUGACACAAUACUGUACAAAGAACAAUAAGCACAUAUCAAACGAAUGUUUUAAAGAUUUCGUACAAUUGUUUUGUAGAAUUUUACCAAAGUUAACCGAUGAGCAGCUAUUGGAAGCACUGCGCCGUAUUGCUUUACUGCCUUUAGAAAACUCAACAUCAGCAGAUAAUUUCAUUGAUUUAUGGAAUCAUAUGGAUAUCGAAUGCUGCCGACGCAUCGAACGUUGGGAUGUGGACGAAAUAUUACUUGUAUGCGAUGCUUGGUACACUUUAAAAUUAGCACGGAUAUGUGAAUUUGUGGAGGAAUCAUUUCGGAAGAUCGGUCGUAAGGUACGAAAAAUGAAACCCGAACAACUUGUACAUUCCAUGUUCUUUUGUAAUCUUCUACGUAAACCACUGGACGAUAAGUUAGAGUUUGAGGAAAACUUAUUGAGUUGUGCCGACAAACUAACACUGCAGGAAUUAGCUGUAAUGUCUUUGGGUUUCUUCAAAACAAAAACACCAAUACGUAAUCCAGAUUUAUUAAGUCAUAUCUAUAAACGACUUAUGUCGGAACUAGAAACUAUAGAUGAUAUAAGUUUAGUGGCAUUGCUAAAAAUAAUCCGAUACAGCAGUAAAAUUCCUUUUGCCAACUCCUUGGCGGAGUUGCUAGACGCACUUACGGUGCACAUCGAACGUUUUUCCUUAUUGUCUUGCUUGCAUAUUGCAUUGUUGGGUAAUGAUUUACAGUUCUGUCAUAAUGAGAGUUUGGAACGUGUUUUGAAACGGUUUAACACGGAAAUAUCAACAGUAAGACUCAAGGACUUAGAGCGCAUAGCUUUAGUUAUUGCUUUAUUUGAUUUUGAAAGUAAAUCCGGGGUUGAAAAGGAAAUUUGUCAAAAAAUUAUGGAUUCACUGCAAAAUAGAGUAGAUGAAAUAAUGCUGCAUCCACGUUGCUUUCCACUUUGCAUGCACUACUUAUCAGUGAAAGGCUACUAUGAUAAAGAAAUGUUAGGUACAAUAUUUGAUCCGAAAUUCCUGCUGCAUACAUAUAAAAACAAUGCAGUUAUGGCCAGAGAACUGUUUCAGUUAGAUGCAUUUAUAAAAAUUAAUUUAAAACAAGAUAAUUACGUUGGUCCUCAGUUGUCUGAUAAAUAUAGACGCACAAUGGGUAAAAUGCUUACCAAUUAUUUACCAGAGCGUCAUUCAAAAUAUAAACUUAGCGCUACAGAUAAAGUACUUUUGGAAGUUAAAGAUACUUUUGAAGACCUUUCCUUAAUAAAUCAAUUUAGACAUGUUUUGCCACAUUUUGAACGAACGGAUAUAGUGAUUUGUUAUGAUAAAAAGCUACGUAAAGCGAUACCAAUUUCUGAAGAGUGUCCAGAGCAUUAUGUUGGUGCGAUGCUAACACGCAAAGAUCUUCUAGGGGAUUUAGAUGCUCCACAUAUUGAGACAUUAGUGGUUACCGUUACUGGUUGGAAUAACGUACUAAGAGGCACAACAAAAGUUACUGGAUUUUUCAAAUUAAAAUUUAAUCAACUCGAACUUUUAGGACAUAGACCUGUUAUAAUAUAUUGGCAUGAGUGGCGGGGGUUAGAAACAGCGGUAGAUCGUAAAAACUUCUUAAAACGUAAAUUAUCAACAAUCGUUAAAUUAUAGGAAUUUUUCUACGAUUAAUUUUAAUGAAUAAAAAUAUUUUCUUUUUUUGUUAAAGUGCGUUAUUUAAAAUU